UCCAGUGAUAAGAGAACAAGUCAUUGUUUUGCUUCGCUAUCCUGAGAGAAGUGGCCAGGAAGAUGAGUGAGAGUGCUUUGAACUUCCUGAAUUUACUCAUAUCCAAUCGAGAUGAUAUAAUCUACGUGACGGUCUUGCUCUCUUGCAUUGCGGUUGGGAAAUAUUACAGGAAAAUAGCGGACAAUGCUGAAAAGGAGAAGUUUGGAAAUGUCCUGGGAAUCCUCAUCAUCGCCAUCGUUUCUGGCUUCCACACCUUUCACAUCCUGAUCUCCUUUGCCGUCUCUGCCGGGAUAAUUCUCCUGCACAAGCAAUUGAAAUGUCACGUGAUCAUCUCUGUUUUCAUGUUCAUGUAUCUGUUGUUCUUCCGGAUGACUGCUUACUUUGGACUGCCAUCGCCGCCUGGCCACACAAAUCUCAUUCAAAUGGUCCUCACCCUCAAGCUCGUGGGAUUGGCGUUUGAGGUGAAUGACGCUACGCAGAAGACCAGAAAGGCCACAAAGGAGGAACUUGAGAAAAUGCCAUACCACGAGCGAGAAUUGGCGGAGAUCAGCAUGAAGAACAUCUUCGGCUACUCCUUCAACUACGUGGGAGUCCUCACGGGGCCCUACAUCACGUACCGCACUUACAGGGAUCCUUUCGUGGAGAAGUACGCCCACGACGAGGCGAGUUUCAAGGCUUGUGAUCGCGCCACAAUUGACAAAUUCAAGUCUAUCCCAAUCUUUGUGGCUCUCUACUUAACCACGAGCUACUUUUGGCCACUCGGGCGGAUCUUCAAGGAUGAGUUCUACCUGGAUCAGUCCGUUCUCUAUCGGCUGUGGUAUGUGUGGCCAGCCUUCUUCAUCUUCCGGAUGCGAAUGUACAUCGGAUUGACGCUGAGCGAGUGCGUCUGCUCGGCUGCUGGAGUGGGAAUUUAUCCCACGCCCUUCCAAUCCACCCCUGGUGGCGGACCGCGCUCUAAGGACAGUCAGCAGCUGGAGGGAUGGCAAAAGACGUACGAUUUCAAUACCAUCAACAACAGCGAUGUGUACACAACUGAGACUUGCUGGACAUUCCGCGAGGCGAUGAAGAGCUGGAACAUGUGCGUGCAGUACUGGCUCGCCAUGAAUGUCUACAAGCGCUUCCCCAGCAGGAAAUUACGCACCGGAGCCACGCUUCUUGUCUCAGCUUACUGGCACGGCGUCAACCCCGGCUACUACUUUUGUAUCUUCGCUGCUCCCUUUUAUGUGGCCAUCGAGGAUCUGUGCCUGAAACGCCUCAGGGCAGCCGUGAAGGAAUUCCCACUGUGGCUGAACAUUUGCGUGUGGAUCAGCAAGUUCUUCGCCUUCUCUUACAUGGCCAUCGCCUUCCAACUCAUCACCUUCCCUUUCAUCUGGAAAUUUUACAAUUCCGUUUUCCACUUCGGCUACAGCCUUUGGGCCGUACAAUUCGCUGUGGCUUUCUUCUGGCCAAAGAUUUCCAGAGCGCUCUUCGGCGGACGCCCGAGAUCCAGUGAGGAGAAGACAAAGGAGGAGAAGAGCAGUUAAUUCACUGCAGAUAAAAUCCUUUUAGUAUUCCAACAGAACCCUCCAAUGAAUCCCACUGGAAUCGGCAAUAAAGGUGUGUUUUUUUUAUUCCUCUUAGUAAGGAAGUUCAGAGACAAGGCUUAUUUCAUUAGACAACUUAGAGAAAUAGAAAAAUUAAGAGUUUCCCUUUGAUAAUAAUCUUCAUUCAAAAUUGUGAUUUGGAUGAUUGCGUAAAAUUGGUUCAGAAAAUUAACAUAACUUUAGAUAACCAUUCAAUGCUUGCCUUUCGACAUGAGUCACCGAAAAAAAACCCAGUAAAUUCUGUAUUUACAGCAAAAAUUACUCUUAUUUGCAUUAAGUAAUUGAAUAAAAUUGGUUGUAGACAUCAAAA